ACAUAUAUUUGGAACAGUUUGUAGUUUCUGACUAUCAAGGAAUACUCCAUUUUAUAAAUUUGCCUUUUUCAUUGUGAAUUAGAAUAAAAAAUAUCCUCUGAAAGUCAGAAGAAAACAAAAAAAAUUUGUUACAAACUCAUGAAAUAUCUAUAAACAUUUAAGUAUGGCUGAUGUUGCUUUGGAUGAUAUUAUCAAGAAAAAAUCAAAACCAUCAGGCAAACCAACAAUGAAAGGACGAGGCGGAAUCCGGAAGGGUCCUGGAAGGGGAGGAAGACUACAGCCUAAUAUGCCACCAAAAAAUAAUCGGAAAAACCAAAUCAUCACUGAUGCAAGGCUUAAAAUUAUACAAAAAAAUCGUGCUAAACUUACAGAUGCUAGGGAUAAGCUAGCUGAAAUUGCAAAACAGAGUGAUGCUCGGUUAAAACUCGAAAAACUUCGAGCUACAAGUCUUAAGAAAAUAAACCCACCCUUCUCAGGGAUUACGCGUAAAACCGGUCGCUCUGGUAGACUUACGUUGUCAACAAACAAAAUAGCACCACUGAUGUCAACGCAUUUACCUGUGAGUAAUUAUACUGUACCUAAUACAAGAGUUUCUAAAUAUCAAACAUCAUUUUCUGAACCUCAUGGAUAUACAAUGGACGAUGUAGUGAUGGAUUAUAGUAAUGAUGCUUUCAUGAUGGACGUACCUUUGAGACGUACAGUAAACAAUGAAUAUGCACUUACACCACCACCACCUCCUCCAGUUUUUGGAAUUAAGAAUUCGUCGAGUUACGACUGGGUGAAUCAAACAAGCAGCAAUUCUUCUAGAAAUUCACGAAAAAUUGAUCAUGAUCGACCUAGACAACUUAAAAUUAUUGAUCGAGCUCCAUUAUCACAAAAAACAGACUCUACUUAUCGGGACAGUUGGAGUUUUGGAUCGAAUUCACGUACCAUUAUUACUAAUGAUGAUCAUGAUGAAAAGUAUUAUAAUUCAAGGAGUUCUCGUGAUGUUAGUGUAAAAUCACGGUUAGAUUCUUCACUGUCAAAAAGUCAACGUUCGGCAGAUCCUGUAAUGUCUAGACCUAAGACUACCUCUUUGUCGUCCUCAUCACAACAAUCAGGGUAUAGAAUUGUUGUCUCUAAUCUACAAGCAAAUGUUACACAAGAAGAUAUCAAAGAGUUGUUUGAAGAUGUAGGAGAGCUUAUUGUGUCAAGGCUGGUAAGGCCAGGAACUGCAGAAGUAAUUUAUAAAACAAUGAAAGAUGCUGCGAAAGCUGUUGAAACUUAUCACAAUCGACAACUUGAUGGUCAUCCAAUGAAGUGCUUACUAGUUAAUCCCAGACCGAAAAAUAAUCCUACAGCUCCUGCAGUUCGGUCCAUUUCUGAAUCAUCACGUAGAGGCACAAACUCAAGUUACGUGCAACCAAGUUUGGGCGCAGUGCAUCGAGCACUGUUUGAUGACUGUCACAAUUAAAUAAAUCAAUGAAUCAAGUGUUGAACAAUUUUUCGGUGUGAGUUAAAUGUUUAAUCGUCAGAAUAUAAUACAUUUUGAACAUCAAACCUAAAAGACAUUUAAUUAAGAUGUAAUGAAUACAAAAGUUUAACGGUUAAUAAAUAAAGAAUCACACAAUGAUAUUCUAAUA